UAUACGGCGGAGACGCGUGACGUCAACCGCCGUCGUGAGGGGAUUGGAAUGCUACAAUGUAACAAUCGCGACUGGAAGCUUCAGAUUAAAGUGCUGCUGGAAUGUAACGUUGUAUCGUCGGCGCCGCGAACGCGUUUCGAACGUGACAAGGAAUAGAAAGCCGUGUCUGUUUGUAAUGUUUUUACGAGAGGUUCCGAAGCAGCAACUGCACAAAGACGACCAACCUUUGGAGGAUUUAUCAGAGAGAGAUAUGUGAGGAUACACGGAUUUGUGGGGAUUUAUCCGCUCGGGAAGUUUGGGAGAGGGUCUUUCUGACUCACACGCGCCUCAUGAGAUCCAUCACCGGGAGAUGUUUGUGAUUCCUCCAGGCUGGAUUUCAAGAACUCUUCUCUGAAAGAACUUUCUGAUAGUUUUCAUUGAUUCAGAACAGUCCCGAUGGCCAGCAGGGUUCAGGUGUCAUCUGUCAGGAGUUUAGAUGCUGUCUAAUGUGAACCAGGCACCGGAGAGGAGAGAGCUAGAUCCAUAAAAAGGGUUUAAGGUUAAAUCGCCCACAUGCUCUGGAUUUGGGAUUGGAAUCACACGGUGGAAGUUGAGAGCAUCAAAUCCCUGCAGGUCUGUGGAAGAUGCUGUGCAGCAGGAGUUGAGACCUUUGCAUUCAUCAGCAACCAGCUCCAUCUGGAUCUAAGGACACAUGCAGGCCAAAAAACGCUAUUUAAUUCUGUUCUCUGUAGGUGUGAGCCUCAUUCUCCUUUUAUACCUUCAGGGACCAGCUUCCAGAAGGACUCCAAACCGAGGGGAUGACCCCCAUCCACACUGGCCCCCCUUCUCAGACCCCUUACAAGCUUUUAUUCCGUGGGAUCAGACUGAAACGGAGGACUACAAUGUCCGCGCUUCUCCGAGACAAAAAAGAGAUGACAACUCUGGAGCUUCCAAGUGCAGAAUGGACUCCUGCUUUGAUUUCUCCUUGUGCAGGAGGAACGGCUUCAAAGUCUACGUCUACCCUCAACAGAAAGGUGAGAAGAUCUCAGAAAGCUACCAAAACAUCUUGUCCUCCAUCGAGGGCUCCAGAUUCUACACGUCUGACCCGGGACAGGCUUGUCUCUUUGUUUUGAACCUCGACACUCUGGACAGAGACCAGCUGUCUCCUCAGUAUGUCCACAACCUCAAAACUAAGAUCCAGAACCUGAACCUGUGGAAUAACGGGAGGAACCACCUGAUCUUUAACCUGUAUUCGGGCACAUGGCCAGAUUACACGGAGGAUUUGGGGUUUGAUAUCGGACAAGCCAUGUUGGCCAAAGCCAGCAUCAGCACAGAGAACUUCAGACCCAAUUUUGACAUCUCCAUCCCCUUGUUCUCUAAAGAUCACCCCCGGACUGGAGGAGAAAGGGGGUAUUUAAAAUACAACACCAUCCCUCCCUUUAGGAAAUAUGUGCUGGUUUUUAAAGGCAAGCGCUAUCUGACUGGGAUUGGAUCUGAUACCAGGAAUGCACUUCAUCACAUCCAUAAUAGCGAAGAUGUGGUUCUCCUCACCACGUGCAAACAUGGCAAAGACUGGCAGAAGCAUAAAGAUGCUCGUUGCGACAAGGACAAUGCUGAAUAUGACCGGUAUGACUAUAAAGAAAUGCUGCAUAACUCCACUUUUUGUCUCGUGCCUCGAGGACGCCGUCUGGGCUCUUUCCGUUUCUUGGAGGCUCUGCAGGCCGCUUGUGUUCCCGUCAUGCUCAGUAACGGCUGGGAGCUUCCCUUCUCAGAGAUCAUCGACUGGCGCACGGCCUCCGUCAUUGGGGAUGAGAGACUUCUUCUACAGAUUCCAUCGACGGUUCGCUCCAUCCAUCAAGACCGCAUUCUGUCUCUCCGCCAGCAGACGCAGUUCUUAUGGGAAGCGUAUUUCUCUUCUGUGGAGAAAAUUGUGCUCACUACAUUGGAGAUCAUCCAGGACCGUGUGUUGCAACAUAACGCCCGCAGCACGUUGAUGUGGAAUCAGUUGCCUGGAGGACUUUUCACUUUGCCCCAAUACUCAUCCUACCUAGGCGACUUCCCUUUCUUCUAUGCUGUACUCGGUGUUAAACCACAGCAGAAGUUCACAGCCGUCAUUCACGCUGUCACGCCUCUUGUAUCUCAGUCUCAACCGAUUUUCAAGUUGCUAGUGGCUGUGGCCAAAUCACAGUACUGUGCCCAGAUCAUCGUGCUGUGGAACUGUGACAAGCCUCUCCCUGCGAAGCACCGCUGGCCCGCCACCUCUGUUCCAGUCAUCGUAAUCGAGGGCGAGAGCAAGGUGAUGAGCAGCCGAUUUCUGCCCUACGAAAACAUCAGAACAGAUGCAGUCUUGAGUCUGGAUGAAGACACUGUGCUCUCGACUACAGAGGUGGAUUUUGCCUUUACAGUUUGGCAAAGUUUCCCAGAGAGGAUUGUGGGAUACCCUGCACGGAGCCAUUUUUGGGACUCUAACAAGGAGCGCUGGGGCUACACCUCCAAGUGGACCAAUGACUACUCCAUGGUGCUGACUGGAGCUGCUUUCUACCACAGGUAUUAUAACUACUUGUAUACACACUACCUGCCCAGCAGCUUGAAGAGUAUGGUUGACCAGCUCUCAAACUGUGAAGACAUCCUCAUGAACUUCCUAGUGUCUGCUGUCACUAAGAUGCCUCCUAUCAAGGUCACCCAAAAGAAGCAGUACAAGGAGACGAUGAUGGGACAGACGUCCCGGGCAUCACGUUGGGCAGAUCCUGACCACUUUGCCCAGCGGCAGACAUGCAUGAACAAAUUUGCCAGCUGGUUUGGCACCAUGCCCCUGGUCCAUUCACAGAUGAGACUGGAUCCUGUUCUGUUUAAAGACCAGGUAUCGAUACUGCGCAAAAAGUACAAAGACAUCGAGAGACUCUGACGAAGCUGAGAAAUCCCUUUCCCUCUGAAUGGGGAUAGAGAACGCCAUCUGAAAACCCCCCAGAACCCUGAAAAACCAGAUCAACAGGGAUAAAAACGGGGGCACCCUCAGGGAGGGAGCGCAUCGAGAUUGGGGGAAGGUGUUGUGCUCGAUGAAGAUCCGUCUGUUAGAGAUUGUCACUAUUAAUAUAUGAAAGCAAGAAGUUCGAUUCGAGACCACGGUGACGUUAUUUGGCUGAGUUUAGCACAACACAAAGACAUGCCAAUAUUGGCAGCUCUCUGUCUUCCACACCCCCUCUUGUAAUGCUUUGCCAAUGACAACGGUGACCAUGGCAACUUUGCCAAAGCCAGGCAGCCACACACACAUCCACAUGCAGUCAGAAUAUAGACUACCAUAUGUCGGUUUAACCUCUGGAUCAGACCUCUCCAUGUUAGAUGUGCAAUACGCCUGGCUGGAAGGGUCGCCCGCAAUCCAGCCGUGCAUGUUUAUUCAGUUUGCCUUCUGCAAGCGUUACACCCCUCUUGAAGAUGUUGGACGACGUCCCGCAGAGAGGUCGAGCGUGCGAAACACCGUGCACAACGUCACAGUGCCUGAGCUUUCAGAUGGACCGUAUCUGGGAGCCCAAAGGGUUUUGUAUAAAUGCAAAAACACCUUGUUCAUGCUGCUUAUAUUUGGAUUCAAAUGUAGGUGUUCCACAAAUUGGCCCAAAGUUUUCCUUUUCAGCAAACCUUUUGGUGUGUUUUGUCAAACUGACAAAAUUGUAGUAUUUUUUUUUGAUGAUUUAGACCCAAUCACAAACAUCUCGUACCUUGUUUGGUUUUCUUGCGAGUCUUACGAGUGUAAUGCCAUAUCGGAAGCCAUGUUCACACUGCAGCUAAUUCAGAUGUCACUCCACUCCACUUCUCUUUUUUUUUUUUUUUUUUUUUGAAAGUGACUAAUUUUUACAUCCAAAAUGUUCAUAUAGUGACAACCACUUUUAAAAAUCAGUCUAAUAAUAACAGGAUGUUAGUGCAGUGACGUCACUUGCUAAUGACUAAACAAUUUAAAUCGAUAUUGCAAUCUGUUUCUCAUUUGUUAAUCUUGAAUAUUCAGUGUGCAUGAGACUACUAUGUAGGUUUUCCACAAAUUGGCAUCAAAGUUUUAGAUUUUUCUUUCUUUUUAUAGAAAUUGACAAACUGGCAUCAUUUUAGUAUUUUUUUUAUGUUUUAGAACCAAUGCCACAAACAUUUACUGUGUAAUGUCAUAUGAGACCACGUUCACACUGCAACUAAUUCAGUUGUCACUCCACUUCUGACUGCUUCAUCUUGGUCUUAAUUUGUUUAUCUGGAAGAGACAAAUGUGUUUUACGUCUAGAAAGAUUAGAUAGUGACAACCACUUUUACAAAUCAAUCUAAUAGUGACAAAUAGUUCAUGCAAACAUCACUUGUCUAAUGACAAACAUGGAGGGACUAAAAACAGGUUGUUUGCUAAAAUGUUUGAAUGUUAUCAUCUUUGUUCGCUAAUAUUUCUUUCUUUACAUGGAUGUUCCAAUCCAUCCAUUUAAAUCUGUUUCAAUUAUUCUCUAAAGGUUCAACACUGUUCCAUUUCAGAAAACUACAUUCAAUAAUCCCUAUGUUGUUUCAGUGUGUACGUGGCUAGUAUGUGCUUCUAGAAUCACUCGCUCUGAGCACACAGGAUAUGUGGUGGUAAAGAGAUAUUUAACACUAGUUUUGCGUUUACUCUCACAAAUCAAUGAACCGUCUGGAAAUGUUUGAUUACGAGAGGACGUCAUUCAUUCAGAGCUUCGGGUUGAGUUUUGAGAACCUCUUCAAUUGAUUUUCUGUUAAGAAAGGACUAUUAACUCAUUAUCACUCCUGUUUUUCUCAGAUUGGGAUGGAUAGAGCUGGCUGUCUCAGUGGAGACUGAUUCAAAAGUACUUUUGAUCAAAAUCCAUACACUUUCACAUGGUCUUAAGUCAGGGUUGAUGCCAUAUUUAAUGUUGCAUGAGUGAAAACGCGGCUUUGAGGGACGGACCUACAGUUUGUCAACAGUUUGGGCUGCACUGUUUCGCUGUCAAUAAAAAUAAGUCUUUGCAAAUAAAUUAAAAAAAUGACAUGAUAUAGCACCUUAAGACAGUACAACCUACAGUAUUUAACCAACUGUUAAUUAAAUAUGCCAUCUACACAGACUUAAGGUUUAAUGUCCCUACAAUUACAAAAAAAAGUACCAUGUACAGAACUUUUGUAUGAGUAUUUUCCCUUUUAAAGACAAUAGGGUUAAAUAUUAUUGAUGGUUUGGACCAUGUGACGAUAGAAAUGUGUGAACUUUUGUUUGACUGUUAAUAUAUUUGCAUGGCGAUCAUCUGUUAGGACUGCUUUAUUUUCUUUACUCAAGAAAGAAACAAGGAGUAAUGUGACAAUACAGAACAGAAUGUGUCCUAAAUAAUGUAGGAUGAGGAAAAACAUUUAGGAGUUGUUUUGCAUUAAUGUAGAAUUGUUCUGAUGUGCAUGAAUUGGGCCAAAACUCUGGCAAACGUCUCUCCAAAUAAGAUAUCGUAUUAUGAGGUUCUAGUCACACAUAUCAGCGUUCAAUCAGACUUUUUUGUCUCAAGUAAAUGUGCCUUUUCUCAAGACACUUCUGUGUUAUUUUGUUAGCCUUCAGCCUCUAUAGCGUUGAUCAUACAUGGGCAUCUUCUCUCUGGUCUUGUUCACUUGGUUUAGUUUUCUCUGUCAAACACUGGAGUUUUUGUGAGGGUUCAGUACUGACAUUCCUGCCUGUUUUGUAGGAGACACAUCUCAGUCGCUCUUUCACUCGGCCUCAUGUUUGUACGUGUAUUUAACACACAUGAGGAUUCAUGUAUUUCAGUUUUGAUUCUUGCAUCCUUGGACUUUAUUUUACACCAUUACAAACAAUAAAAGUUGCAUUUUUUUAAGCUAUAAAAGUGAUUUUAUAAAAAAGAAAUAAAUAAUAUUUGAUA